GUUGUCUUGAAACUUUCAAACUAGAUACACGAUAGAGGUUCGACAAAAAAAUUGUAUCUUCGAAUUUCAAUUUAAAAGUAAAUACAAGUGAAAUUCAUCAUGUCAAUAGAGUUUAAAGUUAAUGAAACGUUAUUUGAAGUGGAACUUAAUUGCUUACCACCUGACAUCACACUUAACACCUAUAUUCGAGAGUAUGCGGGUCUUACGGGAACAAAGUUUAUGUGUCUUGAAGGUGGUUGUGGAGUUUGUGUCUGCACAGUGAAAAAACCCGAUGGACAAAUAUUGGCCGUGAGUUCGUGCCUUACAUUGCUAAACAUCUGCAAUGGCUGGGAAAUAACAACAAUCGAAGGAAUUGGCAACAAACUUAAUGGAUAUCAUCCAAUUCAAAAGCAAUUAGCCGAUUUAUAUGGAAGUCAAUGUGGAUAUUGUUCACCAGGCAUGAUUAUGAAUAUGUUCAGCUUGAUGAAAUCCAAAGGCAAUCACUUGACAAUGGCUGAGAUUGAAAAUUCAUUUGGUGGAAAUAUUUGUCGUUGUACUGGAUAUCGACCGAUAUUAGAUGCCAUGAAAUCAUUUGCCAGUGACAAUAAUAGCUGUGAUCGAAUAGAAUGUCCUGAUAUUGAAGAUCUUUCAAAUGGUGAUGGUGGAAAAUGCCCAAAAACUGGUGAAAAAUGUAAUGGCAUUUGUGAUAAACCCUCACCAGUGAAUUAUAAAAAUGGCUGCAAAUGGUUUUAUCCAAGAAGUUUGAUGGAGUUAUUUAAAAUUCUUCAUAAUUUGGGUGAUGAUCAGAAAUAUAUGAUGGUUUCUGGCAACACUGCACAUGGUGUUUAUCGUCGAUCGGAAGAAGUUCAAAAUUUUAUCGAUGUUAAUUUGACAAAUUUGAAAACUUAUCGAAUUGAGGAAGAUUGUCUAACGAUGGGAGCAAAUCUAAGUUUGACAGAAACUAUGGAGAUCUUUCAAAAAGCUGCCAAAUUACCAGGUUUUGAGUAUUGCCAGGAGUUGUAUGAUCAUUUUGAUUUAAUUGCAAAUGUUCCAGUGAGAAAUAUGGGAACUAUAGCUGGAAACUUAAUGAUCAAACAUUCACACCCUGAAUUUUCCUCCGACAUUUUCAUAACUUUUGAAGCAUUGAAUGUCAUCGUAAUGAUUGGAGAUUACAAAGUAGUCAGUGCGGUAACAUUAAAAGAAUUCCUCAAAAUGAGUAUGAAGGGAAAAGUUAUACUUGCAUUCCGACUUCAAGCCUAUCCUAAGGAAAGAUUUAUUUUCAAAUCUUAUAAGAUAAUGCCACGAGCUCAAAACGCCCAUGCAUAUGUCAAUUCCGCUUUCCUUCUCGAAUUAAAUACAACUUUUCGAAAAAUUACCUACGCACGAAUUUGUUUUGGUGGAAUCAACGAGCAUUUUAUUCAUGCCGAAUUAACAGAGAAACUUCUAAUUGGAGUAGAUGUGUCUUCAAAUGAGAAUAUGCUACCAAUAUUCGAAUGCUUAAACUCAGAAAUAAUGCCAGAUAUGGUUCCACCUGAUGCAUCAGUGGAAUACCGCAGGAAACUAGCUUGCGGCCUAUUUUAUAAAUUUAUUCUCUCAAUUAUCCCCGAGGGUAAAUUAAAAGACAAACUUAGAAGUGGUGGAGAGAAACUAAAGCGCCCUCUAUCAUCUGGCAAACAGGUCUUUGAUAAUUCAUCCAAGGACUUUCCCAUCAAGCAAUCUAUCAAGAAACUCGAAGGUAUUGUUCAGUGCUCUGGAGAAGCUCAGUACAUGAACGAUAUUCCUGCUAUGCCAAAGCAAGUUUGGUGUGCUUUUGUCAAUGCUACUAAAAUCGGUGUAGAAGUCUUGGAAAUCGAUGCCUCGGCAGCUCUUAAGAUUCCUGGAGUUGUGAAGUUCCUCAGUGCUAAAGACAUCCCGGGAUCAAAUUCAUUUGUAAAUACUGCCCCAACAUUUUUCGGUAUGUUGCAUGAUGAAGAGGUUUUCAGUGCUGGAAAGGUCAAAUAUUACACCCAGCCUGUUGGAAUGAUUGUAGCAGAAAGUCACGCUUUGGCAAAUUUUGCAGCUUCCAAGGUUAUCGUCACUUAUGCCUACGAUAAUCCAAAAAUCUUCACAAACAUGGAAGAAGUUAUUGAAGCGAAUGAAACUGAACGAAUGAUUGACGUUUUGGUUUCCCCCAUCAAAGAACUUAUGCUUACAACACCUGCUCCUGUAUCAGGCUCGGGAUGUCUAAAACUUGGUCAGCAAUAUCAUUACACCAUGGAACCACAUACAACAGUUGUAGUUCCUAUAGAAGCUGGCAAGCUUGAAGUGUACUCAUCUACCCAAUGGAUGGACUUGACGCAGUGCGCAGUUGCGAAAUGUGUUGGUUUGAAUAUGAGUGACGUUCAGCUCAAAGUCCGUCGACUUGGUGGAGGUUUUGGGGCAAAAAUCACCCGAGGUAACCAUGUCGCUUGUGCUGCUGCUUUAGCAGCUGUCAAACUUAAUCGACCAGUACGUUUUGUUCAAACCCUGGAGUCUAUGAUGGGAUCGAUUGGAAAACGUUGGGCAUGUCACAGCUAUUACGAUUUCCAUGUCGAUGUGCAGGGAAAGGUUUUAGCACUGGAAAAUCGGUUCUUUGAAGACGGAGGUUAUAUUCCGAGUGAAAAUGCUAUCGAAGCUCUUACCGGUCCGUCUCUAAUUAGUUGCUAUGAUUUCCAAGACAAUUACAAAAAUGACGGGAAAAUCGUCCUAACUGAUACUCCAAGUCAUACUUGGUGUAGAGGCCCUGGAACUCUAGAAGGCUUUGCAAUGACCGAAACCAUCAUGGAGCAUAUAGCUUUCGAAACUCGACGAGAUCCAAUAGAUGUUCGAUUAGAAAAUAUUGCCAAAGAUCACAAAAUUCGAGGAUUGAUUGAGAAUUUCCUCAAGACCUCUGAAUAUCGGGAACGUAGGAAGGAAAUCGAAGGUUUUAACUGUGAGAACCGUUGGCGUAAGAAGGGUUUGGGUAUUUCAGUGAUGCAAUUUCACGUUUUACACUUUGGACCGUUUGCGGUAACAAUCGCAAUCUAUCAUGCAGAUGGAACUGUUGUGGUAACUCAUGGAGGUAUUGAAAUGGGACAGGGCUUGAACACCAAAGCUGCUCAAUUAGCGGCUUAUUUAUUGGGGAUACCAAUUGAAAAGAUUCGGAUUGAGAGCUCGAAUACUAUAAACGGGGCAAAUGCAAUAUUUACCGGAGCUUCUAUAGGAUCGGAAUGUGUUUGUUUUGCUAUUCGUAGAGCUUGUGAUAUUCUUUUGGAACGUUUAAAACCAACAAGGGAGUCAAUGGACGUUUACACGUGGGAAGAUCUUGUUGAAAAAGCUCACAUUAAUGGAGUCAAUCUUAUCGCUAGCGAACAAUUUAAACAAGGAGACUUGGAUGCUUACUACGUUUAUGGAACUUCCUUGACUGAAGUCGAAAUUGAUAUCCUUACUGGAAAUCUUCUAGUGAAUCGAGUUGAUAUUCUUGAAGAUACUGGUGAAAGUCUCAAUCCUGCCAUAGAUGUUGGUCAGAUUGAAGGAGCUUUUAUCAUGGGUUUGGGAUAUUAUUUGACUGAACAAAUAAUUUAUGACCAGAAAACUGGAGAGUUGCUUACCAAUCGAACUUGGAAUUAUAAGCCUCCAGGUUGUAAGGAUAUUCCAAUUGAUUUUCGAAUUGAGUUGAUACAAAAGAGUCCAAAUCCAGCGGGUUUUAUGAGAUCAAAAACUGCUGGAGAACCAGCAAUUUGCAUGGCUAUAUCGGUGAUCUUUGCUAUACAAGAUGCUCUUCAAUCGGCAAGAGAUGACGCAGGUUUGGAGAGGAAAUUUAUCAGUCUUGGUGCCCCAACUACUCCUGAGCAUAUUCUUUUGAAUUCUGGAUUGGAUAUCAGCCAAUUUAAACUUUAAAAUUAAACACUUCAGUGAGAAUCAUUUAGU